AUGGUUAAAAAGAUACCUUGUCGGGACGAUGAGCUCAGCGAACCAUUGUCAGACGCAGAGGAUCUUGGCACCGAUGAUGAAGAAAAAAACAAGGGGUCUUUUUGUCACAAAGAAUAUGAUCCAGUCACCUUUAAUCUGUUGAAGGUCAGACCUGUUGACUUUGCCAACCAAAUCACUUUGCUUGACAUUGCUGCUUUCAAAGCAGUGACGUCUGAGGAACUGCUGUCUGGAAACUGGUCCAAGAAAAACAAGCGAGUUCUUGCGUCUAAUGUUAUGAAAUUCACUGAUCGGUUUAAUCUUGUAUGUUUGUGGUGUCAGCAGGAAAUUCUAGCUUACGAUAAGCCUUCUAAACGAGCUGAGGUGAUGGGACACUUCAUCAAGAUCAGUAAACAACUUGCAAUGUUAAAUAACCUGCACUCAACUUUUGCCGUGAUAAGUGCUUUACAAAGUCACUCCAUACAUCGUUUGAAAAAAACAUGGGAGUGUCUCAACCGGCGUGAGCUUAAUGCCUUUGUGGAGCUUGCUGCUUUGUUCGACAGCGAUCGGAAUUGGGAGAGGCUAAGACAACAUUUAGAAAACACAAGCUUACCUUGUAUUCCUUACUUGGGAAUGUUUUUGACAGACCUUAACUUUAUUGAAGCUAAAAAUUCUGAAGGUAUUGUUUCUGGAAUGAGUGUUAUGAAGAAUAUGCAGGCAGAAAACGUUGUUUGUAAAAUCAAAUGGUUUCAGCAUUCUAAUUAUGACCGCCUGCCACGGGUCGAAUGCAUUAUGAAAUACCUGAAGUCUUUACAGUACCAUGAGGAAUUUGUCAAGUUUAUAGAAGAUAAUAUUUACAAACAAUCAUUAGUGUGUGAACCCAACCCUUCGCCAAAGCAUGGCACUCCACGUAUGCGGAAAGCUGCUACUAUUUCUAGGUUGAAUUUUGUCUAUAGUGAGGAUGCGCGUUUGAAAGUUAGGGACGUUUUUGAAAAUUUUGCGCCUAAAUUGAAAAAUCCGUAUUUGAAACACGCUGCAAUUGGACAUCGCAAAAGUCAUAGCCUUGAUGCCCAGGCUGUGUUGAGGCUAAAAGGCCACCAGAGCGAAGACAACUUGUGCCAGUGUAACAAUACUUUGGACGGUAUAAAACAACCUCUGACGUCUGCGAAUUUUUAUUUGGCAUCAGAGGAUGGCCAAACAUUUAACGGUACUCAUUUUUCAUGUCUCUCUGAAGACACAUGCGAUAAUGAACCCAGCAGUUCACAGCAAGGAUUGUCGAAAGAUGGAGUUUUUCAACAAAUUUCCAGUUUUAGACAGCGGAUGGAGUUUAUUAACCCUGAAAUAUGCAAAAGAAAUUUUCAAAAAGGCAAUUUUGAGCCUGCGCUUUGCUGGCAAGGGGAAGUAAGGAAAAUUGUUAUGAGGACGAAAGGUAGCAAACCCGCUAAGCUAACUUGUAGCAGAAAGUGUUACUUAGAGCUGGUUGGCUCAACUUUAAGCCAGUUUGAACAUCGUGUUAUAACUAUCAAUUGCAAAACGGAAAGAGAUCAUUAUAAAAGGAAAGUUAGCAGAAAAAUGAUUAUUGGCGAAAAUAAAUGGAAAGUAAUUGGACCGCAGUGCGAAAGCGAUACUUUCUUUGAAAUGCAUCAUCCAGCAUCUGGUCGUAUAUACCGUUACGUCUGCAAUAGUCAUACAGCAGCGGAGGCUUGGCAUUCGAGGUUACUGAAAGCUAGCGAUACGAGGGGCAGAUGUGAAGCCGGAGACUUGAUAACAUUUGAUUAA